GACAGCCUUCGUUUUCUUCCCCAGCAGCGAGAACAGGAAGGAGCAGAGGUGCUGGGCAUCUUGCUGGCGGCUGCUAGGUUUCCGUGGACAGGCAGCGUGAUUUGGUUCCGCCCGGGAGAGUGAGCAUAUAGCUGCAGGUUGCAGAUCCGGGUUCGUACCCUCGUCUGAGAUCUGCUUCUUCAGCCCGGGUGGCAGCUGCCUUUCGAGAAAGCAUACGUAUCUGUGGGUUGAAAAUAAUCUGAGCCAAGGGCUUCCAGAGCGGGGCGUAGGCAUGGUGAGGCUAUCAGAAGCUUGUUUUUAGGAGGAAAAAUCUGGAUUAACGGGAUGCUUCUUUUCCUCACCAAAUAUAACUUACAGCUGAGACAAGCGCUUGGGAAUGGUGUAGGUAAGGGUAGAGGACGGCAUGUGUGGGCUUCCGUUGCCUGUAUUGAUUAGGAGGUUACUUAAGACGAGCUUUGAGGAGCCAUUCGAAUGGAUCUCUUUAGGGUUAGAAAACGCUGAGCUGGCAGUGCCUCAGUCAGUCACCUCCGAGUUUCGAUGCCGCACUGUGCAGGAAGAGAGCGGUCUGCAUUAACUAGUUUCCUUGAAUGAAGAGGAAAUAAUCGUGUGUCGUUAAAAUCCUUAGUGCUGGCAGCGUCCCUCAUUCGCAUGGACACAUUCACGUGCAGGGAGCGUCUGCUGUGAGCUGACCGAGCCUGGGAGAUGCCGCACGUCCGCCCUGGUGCCGCAAGACCCCAGAUGCUUUGCUGCCGACAGUCUCCAGGCACAGACCCUCGGGCGACGCAGAAAGUGUCAGAAUUUCACGUGGAAGGUUCAGGCAAACUUUCACGUGCCACACAAUAUUCCCAAUCAAUGCGAGGAGAACAUUUAUUUAAAAUUGUUGCAAACACAGCAUAGAAAAGACCUAAGUCACCAUGUUGCCUGUUUUCUGUAAGUAGGUUUCUAAUUUCGUAUGACUAGGGCACCAUCUCUCGAUUUUGUCAUGAUUGGUCAGGUGUGAUGCGUCCUUUAUUUAAGACAAUGAAGCGUGUUACUCAAAAAGCUCAUUACGAGCGAGCAGCUCCAGGGUCUCUCCACCAAAGAUUUCGCUGCUGGUGCUCAGAGACCGCAGCGUGUCGGACCUGUGGCGUGUCUUACGGGCUAUCUUGACGGAGGGUCCCAGAGCUUCCUGUCUUUGUUUGAGGGAAGACGUUGUCAUUGAAAAGGGCCGAAAGGCCCUGUUACACAGUGAACAAUUAGUCAUGACCGGCAGCAGGACUCCGCAGGGAAUCAUCGUCCAGUGGGGUGGCCCGGCUGCGGCCGAGGGCAGUGCCGGGCGGUGGGGCUGGGACCCAGCGCUGCACAAGAGGCGAGCUUGUGGGGCGUGUGGUGCCUGUGGGCCCCAGUGCUGGCCCGACCCCGGGAAGUCAUCUGUGCACGGCAGGCAGGGGCGCCAGGCACCAGGAGGGAGGAGGAGAGGCAGGUGUGUCACCUGGCCCACAGGCCCUGCCAGCUUGCACCCGCGUGUGCUGGCCGUGUGGAAAUGCACUGACGCACACGUGCACACCCGUGUCAUUCUUACGAAGGAAAAGAGUCCUCCCGCCUAGUGGCUGCACGUGGUAAUGAGCCGGCUGUCAGCCUGGAAGGACUUUCCAAGUACCUAGCAUCUCGUUGAAGAGCUGUGCUAAGUGACUCCCUGCCCUCGCCCCCGCCAUGAUUAAUUUAAGACUUUUUACUGCCAAAAGUCUUGGAUGCCAUUUAUGGAUACAAAUUCCUCGACAGUAGCUUGAGCUCAUGUUGAGUAAAAUAUACUCUUGGGGUCCCCGGAGACCCAGUUCUCCAAAGGCCCGCCGGUGCCUGCACUCAGCACACCAGGGUGGGCCUGGGGCCUGGGAGGAAGAACUUGGGUGUCCUGGGUUUUGUGACUGGGAGCUGAGGGAGGGACAUGCCCGGGACGAUGUGUGGUUUUGAGAUGUCCGCCAAAUCCAAAGACCGUGAGCCUUCAAGACAAAGAGACCAAGAGACUGUGAGCAGAUUCAUGUCUCAGAACUGAUUUUUGGAAAAGGUUUUAUAUAGUAACGUCUUUAAGACAUAUUUCCAUAAAGUCGGACACCCUGGGUCAGCCACGCCUACUUGCUGGAACAGCGACGCCGCAGCUGUGUGCACAUGCACACACGUGCGUCUGACUUACCAGCUGCUCCGUGAGCGGCCCCGAAGUUCCCGUUCUCGUGAUUUUCUGUGCACACCUUCGCGUUUACACGGGGAGAAAUUCAGCCCCGGCCUCAGAACAACACACGACGGGGCUCGUGGCGGUUACUAAUCAGUAGUGGCGGGCAGCUCCCGUGGACACAGAGACAUGUCCCGUAGCCACGUCUCCGCAUGUCCUUCCUGCGGUGCCCUGUGCUGAACGGAGCUCAGGGCUCUGGUCCCUGGUCACAGGAAGAGGGCUCGCGUCCUGGACGCACCACAUCAAACACGCCAUCUGUUUCCUCCUGACUGUGCGCCAGGAUGGCCUCUGCUCGGAGGCCCGCGUGGAAGCGCAGAGAUGGGCGGCUCGGCGGCCAGUGCGUUGACAUUCUCUCCGUGUUGCUUCUCACGGACACAGCGCCGGGAGCCGGCUUCACCUGCUGCGUGCCGGCAGACGCAGGCCAGCGCAGGGGGCGUGGGCGCAGAGGAGAGGCGAGUGAGGCCAGCACCUGCUUGCACUCCCAGUGCCUCCCCUGCUCAGAGGUGUGAGCCUGCUCCUAGCCAAAGAGCCGGAAGUGGACCUCAUCGGGGCUGAGCCAGCAGGCGUGCGGGACCCACACUAUCACCUCGGCCCCACAGCCCCCAGCUCUGGCAGGGAAGGCCUGGUGUUUGGCAGGGUCCCCCCAGCCUGUGAACACCCCUGGGAGGAAGGUGGGUGCCGAGGGGCAGAAGGAAGCAGACGUUGUCUUGCUGCAAACCGGCUACACUGCUGAAGGGGUGCCCGUGGCUUCGUGGGGUCAAGCGUGGCCAUUCGGACAGACCCAUGUGCUGACGCCCCCGUAAGCGGGAGCGUACAGGAAGCACACGGGAGCCCUGGGACCCUCCCCUGUGUCACAUAUAAACGGCAACUGAGUGAACUGCCCAGCGGGUUAGGUGUGAGGGUCGGAGGCGUGUCCAGCGUGAUGCCCACAUGGGCGCACGCUCUGGGACGGAGGUGGGGGCAGCAGGUAGCCAGGCAGUCUCUCCCCCUCAGAAUCAUGGUGGGCACCAGGGGCCGGAGCCUUGGGGUCCGGGGCACGAUCAACAUCGCUGGAAAGUGUCACUUGCCAAGCACAGCGGUGUUAUCAUUUCCUGCCUCCCGAGCUGGACGGCAGGCGGGGGUCACAGACGGCGGAAUCUCCCAGUUUAUUUCAAGAAGGCCCGGGGCCGUUUCCCCUCCCUUCCUCCCGCCUUGUGGCUGUUUGUUUGAACUUGAGAUUUCCUGAGCUUGGAAGGUGUUUCUGACUUGGGCAGCAAAGCAAACCCCUGACUCUGGGAGCCCCCGCCAGCACAAGCCCCUUUCCGAGGAAGGAAACGCCCAAGACCUGCAAAUAGACUGCUCUGCAGCCUGGCCCCCACUCUGCAGAGCUCUCCUCUGACACCGCAGGCCUUGUGUCCGGGCUGUGUCCCCCCAGGACUCGGCAAACCCAAGGUCACUGGAGGUCGCCUGCCCAGCUCAGCGUGCAGCGCGGGGUGGGGUGCCCUCCCCCACUGCCAGUGCCCGCCCACCGCGGACCGUCUGCAGAAGAGAACUGCAGGGCAAGGGAACUGUGCCCUGUGGAAUCGAAGCCCCCGCUGCCGUGCGCGUCCCUGGAGAAAACGUGAUGGCCGCGAAGGGAACUUCUCGGGGGACCCCCGGGGGGCCCCAGCGUCGGCUCUGGCUGCUGCCUCGGAGACGCCGGGGGACCUCGAGGCGCCCACAGCCUGUUGAGGCGGGACGGGGUGGCACCACCCGGGACGCAGGAGCAGAUGAAAUCAUGCACCAGGACAUCACCCCGCUCUGUGCCGCUGACAUCCAAGACCAGCUGAAGAAGCGCUUUGCUUAUCUGUCCGGUGGGCGCGGGCAGGACGGCAGCCCAGUCAUCACCUUCCCAGACUACCCGGCCUUCAGCGACGUCCCCGACAAGGAGUUCCAGAAUGUCAUGACCUACCUCACCAGCAUCCCCAGCUUGCAAGAUGCUGGCAUUGGGUUCAUCCUGGUCAUAGACAGAAGGCAGGACAAAUGGACGUCGGUGAAGGCGUCGGUCCUGCGAAUAGCCGCGUCCUUCCCGGCAAACCUCCAGCUCGUCCUUGUCCUGCGCCCAGCGGGGUUUUUCCAAAGGACCCUCUCUGACCUCGCUUUCAAAUUCAACAGAGAUGACUUUAAGAUGAAGGUGCCGGUCAUAAUGCUGAGCUCAGUGCCAGAGUUACACGGUUACAUCGACAAGUCCCAACUGACUGAGGACCUGGGCGGGACCCUGGACUACUGCCACACGAGGUGGCUGUGUCACCGCACGGCGAUCGAAAGCUUCGCCCUCAUGGUCAAGCAGACUGCUCAGAUGCUGCAGUCCUUCGGGACCGAGCUGGCCGAAACGGAGCUGCCCAAUGACGUCCAGUCGACAAGCUCGGUGCUCUGUGCUCACACGGAGAAGAAGGACAAAGCGAAGGAGGACAUGAGGGCGGCCCUGGACGAGGGACAGAGCCUCCUGCAAAGCGUCAGAGAGCCCCUGGCCAAGGGCGGGGGGCGGAGCCUGAGCCAGGACCAGCUGGACAAUCAGACCACCGUGCAGAGGCUCCUGGCCCAGCUGAACGAGACCGAGGCCGCCUUCGAUGAGUUCUGGGCAAAGCACCAGCAAAAGCUCCAGCAGUGUCUGCAGCUCCGGCACUUUGAGCAGGACUUCCGAGAGGUCAAAGCCUCCUUAGACGCACUGGCCCAGAAGAUAGCAACCUUCACGGAUGUGGGCAACAGCCUGGCACAUGCAGGGCAUCUCCUGAAGGACCUCACCAGCUUCGAGGAGAAGUCCAGCGUGUCUGUAGAGCGGGCCCUCGCACUGGCCCUGGAGGGUGAGAAGCUCAUUGACAGCAGGCACUACGCUGUGGAUUCCAUCCGCCCCAAAUGCCAUGAGCUCCAGCACCUGUGCAACCAGUUCGCGGCAGAGGUCGAGAGGAGGAGGGGGCUGCUCAGCAAGUCCCUGGAGCUGCACAGCCUCCUGGAGGCGUCCAUGAAGUGGUGUGAUGAGGGAAUCUACCUGCUGGCCUCACAGCCUGUGGACAAGUGUCAGUCCCAGGAGGGUGCUGAGGCGGCCCUCCAGGAAAUUGAGAAGUUUCUGGAGACUGGCGCAGAAAACAAGAUCCAGGAGCUCGACAGAAUCUACCAGGAAUAUGAACCCGUCCUCACCACAGACCUGAUGGAGCACGUGCAGAAGGUCUACCAGAAGCAGGAGGGCACGGAGGAGAUGUUCCACCGGAGACAGGCCAGCCUGAAGAAGCUGGCGGCCAAGCAGACACGGCCCGUGCAGCCGGUGGCCCCCCGGCCAGAGGCACUCACAAAGUCACCCUGCCCCUCCCCAGGCAGCCGGAGAGGCUCUGAGAACAGUCCUGAGGGCAGCAUGCUCCGGAGAGGGCCCUACAGGAGGGCCAAGAGUGAAGUGACUGAGAGCCGGCAGGGCCGCGGCAGCUCCACAGGCGACGAGGAAGAGAGCCUGGCCAUCUUGAGGAGGCAUGUGAUGAAUGAGCUCUUGGACACGGAACGGGUGUACGUGGAAGAGCUGCUCUGUGUCCUGGAGGGCUAUGCCGCCGAGCUGGACAACCCGCUGAUGGCGCACCUCGUCUCACCCGGCCUCCAAAACAAGAAGGACAUUUUGUUUGGAAACAUGGAAGAGAUUUACCACUUUCACAACAGAAUAUUCCUGAGGGAGCUAGAAAACUACACUGACUGCCCGGAGCUGGUUGGAAGGUGUUUUCUGGAACGGAUGGAAGAGUUCCAGAUCUACGAGAAGUAUUGCCAGAACAAGCCUCGCUCUGAGAGCCUGUGGAGACAGUGCUCCGACUGCCCGUUUUUCCAGGAAUGCCAGAGGAAGCUGGACCACAAGCUGAGUCUCGACUCCUACCUGCUGAAGCCAGUGCAGAGAAUCACCAAGUACCAGCUGCUGCUCAAGGAGAUGCUCAAAUACAGCAAGAGCUGCGAGGGGGCUGAGGACCUGCAGGAGGCACUGAGCUCCAUCCUGGGCAUCCUCAAGGCCGUGAACGACUCCAUGCACCUGAUCGCCAUCACCGGCUAUGACGGGAACCUGAGUGACCUGGGGAGGCUGCUGAUGCAAGGCUCCUUCAGCGUGUGGACAGACCACAAGAAGGGCCACACGAAGGUGAAGGACCUGGCCAGGUUCAAGCCCAUGCAGCGGCACCUCUUCCUGCAUGAGAAGGCCGUGCUCUUCUGCAAGAAGAGGGAGGAAAACGGGGAGGGCUAUGAGAAGGCCCCUUCCUACAGCUACAAGCAGUCCCUGAACAUGGCGGCAGUGGGCAUAACCGAGAAUGUGAAGGGCGACAUGAGAAAGUUCGAGAUCUGGUACAACGCCCGGGAGGAGGUGUACAUCAUACAGGCACCGACGGCGGAGAUUAAAGCAGCCUGGGUGAGUGAGAUCCGCAAGGUGCUGACCAGCCAGCUGCAGGCUUGCAGAGAAGCCAGCCAGCACCGAGCACUGGAACAGUCCCAGAGCCUUCCUCUGCCCACGCCGCCCAGCACCAGUCCCUCGAAAGGGAACACAAGAAACAUCAAAAAGCUGGAGGAAAGAAAAACCGACCCCCUAAGCCUGGAAGGAUACGUGAGCUCCACGCCGUUGCCGAAGCCCCCCGAGAAGGGCAGAGCUUCUCCUUCCAGUCCUGGCAAAAAAGCUAAGCGACAUGAAGUGAAGAGCGAUCCAACGCCUUUUGGUUUACGAGGUUGGAGCAAAACGUCUCACCCCUCAGAGGCCCCUGAGGACGAUGGCUGGUCGAGUGCUGAGGAGCUGAUCAAUUCCUCGGAUGCAGAGGAGGAGGGCAGAGUGGGCCCCAGGAAGCUGGUUCCAGGGAAGUACACGGUUGUGCUGGGCGAUGAGAAGGAAAGCCCUGAAGCGCUUGCCGUGAGAAGCGGAGAUGUGGUGGAGGUGGUCCAGGAGGGUGACGAGGGCCUUUGGUAUGUCAGGAACCUGACCUCCAGCAAGGAGAGCUGGGUGCCGGCCAGCAGCCUCUCCACGCUCCUCGGCACGUCGGGCUCGGCUCAGUGCCUGAGCAGCUCAGAGUCCAGUGCAGGCUCCGCCCUGCUGAGCGCCUCGUCCAGCUGCAGCGAGAGCUGCGGGGCCCCCCUCUCAGACCUGCAGGGGUAGCGCCGGGCCGCGCAGGAUGGCAGCCUGCGGACCUCUAAGUGUUCCUUUGCUUGGGCUUGCUUAGUUUGGUGAGGGACGGUGCUCUAAGACCCUGGGAAAGGAGGACCCUGGCAAGACCCGGAAGAGGAGCCACCCGCUGCCCACGAGACUUGGCGGUGCAGACACAGGGGCACGCAGAGGAAAGGUUCUGGAAGAUUCUGUCCUCCGGCCUUCACGCCAGGACCCCCCUGACGGAGGCGCAGAAGUCAGCUCCACGGGAAGAUGGCGGCACACCGAGCUUCCCCGCAGAACCAGGAUGGACGGAGGGCUGUGGGGCAGCGGAGCAAACAUGUGGCAGGUGCCACGGGGCCGUCGUCCGCCUCCACCGGGCCGCGGUGGGGAGCCCGUCCCGGCCACUCGGCUUCGGUUCCUGCCGCAUCUGGGCUGGUGCUUCCUGCAGGGAUCAGCACGUUGUGGGAGGGACCGCUUCCCAAAGAAGUGGCCAACCUACUGACCCAACAGCUUGGUGGAGGACUUUUUGAUUUUUACAAGAAAGCAGGGAUUAAUUCCAUGGCCAUUUUUUGUGGUACUUUGGCCGCUAAUCUUUACCAAGAAUCACUGUGUUUACAUGAAAUGACAAUUUAAUACUGUAUUUGAUACAAAACUAUUUUCUGUUACCGGGGUUUACACUGCAGCGCGUUGUUUAUACUGCUGGAGAUUUGAGGGCUCUCUCUUGGGGACCAAAGCCCUCUCCAAGGCCGGCCUGGUCACCGGCAGUUGAAAACGCAUCCCUCGAUAAAAUCCAGCAAUGCUUCUACAAACAGGAGUAGUAGAAACCAAGGAGAGUCCUUUAUCUGUGUAGGUUAAUUUUCAAAAGAAAAUUUAAACUAUAAUUUAAAAUAUUUAGUUUCUUUUCUACAAAAAUGGGGAACUUGAUUUUUUUAACUAGCUUCACUGAAUUAGGAUUUUUUAUCGUUUUUAAAGAAUACAUAAAGAUGCAGUUUCCGCGGGGUACCACCUGAACCGGUGCCCACACAGGGCUCAGUGAAAGCUCCAGCCCUGGCACCUGUGCCGGCCUCCGCUGCUGCCUCCCAGGCUCGGGCAAGUCCCCCUGAACUCAGAAACGUAAAGGUUGCAGAGCUCAUCACUGAAAUCGAGGCAGAACUGGAAAGAAAACUCUUCUGGUUUACCUUUUUGUGUUUCUCAAACAAACUCUGUUCUCCGGAAACACUUUGUGUAUCUGGUGGGGGCGGAUCUCUUUCUACGUAUGCUUACGUGGAUGUGUGUGCAUUGGUGUCCCGUGUUAGGGACGCACGCGGCCUCCGCGAUGCUGGAAACCGUCACUUUACUGCCCUCCCUGAGUCCCACGCCCACCGCAGCCUGCUCCUGGCCACACGCGAGCCCCCACCCUGGCUGCCCCUGCGGUGCGUUAGAGAAAACAGCCGUGCAAGACUCAGCAGCUUUCCUCAGUGCCCCCCGAUUUACUCAGUGCGCUGACUGUGCAGAGACCGCCCCAGCCGCCUCGCCCAACACCCCCCCACCAUUGUAAUCUCUUCCUCAUAAAGGCACUUUAAAACCUCGUGUUUCAGUCAUUGCUUUUUGUUUGGUUUGGGGUCUUUUUUUUUUUAUUGCUGAUGUAAAUGAAAUUUAAAAAAUCAGAGUUCUUUAUUGUAUGGAUGGAGUUUGAAUAAAUAUCAGCCCCUCUUGC